AUUAUAUUUGCUUUUUCGGAAUAAUUUAGACUUUUCCAAUAUGUAUAGCAAAAUAAUAUCAAUUUUAAUUCCGAAAGUCGCUAAUGGUUGGAAAUAAUUGGUUCUCUCUUGAUAUCUUUUAUUUGCUUCGUUAUUGAAUAUAAACAUAGAGACAAAAAGAGAAACCGUGAAAAAAAAUAUCAUGAAAGAAGUGUGAUGAAUGUGUUAGGGGAAUAUUAUUUUAAUGACGUUCGAAGCAGACCAUUUUGACAAAUCAAAUAUCUUUAGGAAUUUGUAAAAAGUAGAUUUAGAAGAUGAGAAGGGGCAACAUAAGACUCCUUGUAACCAUAUGUGUCUUCCUGGCAUUAUUUGUUUUAUUGUUAUGUCUUUAUUCGGAUCAAAAUCAUUAUUUGUUUUCACAGAAAACAAAUUCAUAUUCUAUUGACUUGAACUUUGACAGAAAACUACUGGACAAAGACUAUGAACUUGAUUUAGAGGAUGAAGAUGUUUUGGUUUUUCUUCACAUGCAAAAAACAGGUGGUACAACUUUUGGAAAGCAUCUUGUUAAAAAUCUUGACAUUAAACAACCUUGUGAAUGUAUUAAAGGCAAGAAAAAAUGUAACUGCUUAACUCGAAAGCAAACUGUCUGGUUAUUUAGUAGAUACUCUACUGGUUGGGCAUGUGGUCUCCAUGCAGACUGGACAGAAUUAAAGGGAUGUGUCGAUAAAGAAAUGGACAAACAAGAAGGUUUACAUAGAAAAAGAAGAUUCCACUAUAUCACCAUACUAAGAGACCCAGUGAGGAGAUAUAUAAGUGAAUGGAAACAUGUUCAGAGAGGAGCUACAUGGAAAGCUGCUAAACUCUAUUGUAAUGGACGCCAAGCUUCUUUAGAAGAAGUGCCAUUUUGCUUUGAGGGCUCAACAUGGAAAGGUGUAACAUUGGAAGAAUUCAUAAAAUGUAAAUUUAAUCUGGCUAAUAAUCGCCAGACAAGGAUGUUGGCUAACCUAAGUAAAGUGAACUGCUACAAUGGGACAGGAAUGAACGAGGAACUAAGACAAAGAUUACUACUGGAAAGUGCAAUCGAAAACCUUAAAAAUAUGUCUUUUUUUGGUUUAACAGAACAUCAACGAGAUACUCAACUCUUAUUUCAACAUACAUUUCAUAUAAAAUUUUCUAAAGAUUUUGAGCAGUUCAACAAAACACAUUCCGAAAAAGCUGAACAUAAGGUUACAGAGGAACAAAUAAGUUUGAUAGAAAAUCUGAAUGCCUUAGAUGUUAAAUUAUAUAAAUUUUCCAAAAGACUAUUUGAAGAACGAGUCAAGGUGAUGACAGAAGAAAUGAAUGAGUCUGAGUCUACUCCUGUCAGCGUGAUUGAGAGUAAACCUGGAGGAGAACAACAUAAUGAAACACUAGAUUAUGUGGAGGAGCUGUUUAAAGAAGCUUCUUAAAAUAAAGUCAUGUUUUAUUAAGUUAUGAUUGUACAAAAUAUUGUUUGUCAUUGUCUGGCUGUGAAACUUGAAAAACUGAAGGUACAUCUGAAACUCAAGACAAAAAUAUUACUGCCUUUUUUCCAUGGACAAUUCAAACUUUAUUUAAGUUUUUAGUUAUAUGAAAUAUAUACAUGUAUAUAUAUAGAAUGAAUCAUGCUUUCACAUCAAGCUCAGUUUGAUUUAUUGUAAGAUUCAUAUGUGAUAAGCGAUAGAGAAGUAUGAAAGAUUUUGUCUAUUUUAGUGCAUACCAUUCCAAACUGAUACAGUUUGUACAUCACCCGUGUUAUAGCAGAGAUAUAUUUGACAAUAUAUUUAAAAUGUAUAUAUUUUUGUAAUUCAUAGGAGGUUGUUGUCACAGCUCAUUUAUAUUCAAUGUUAAGGAAUAUAUAAGAUCUCAUUACAAAGCAUUUCUGUUAUUUUUUUUCUUUUUUGUAUAGUCUGUGAUAAAUUGUCAUAUAAAUCCAUUUGUUAAUUCAUAAAUAUACCAAGAAGUUGGUAUAGUUGAUAAUAAUCAUGUAUUUGUAUUAUAGCAUGUUGGUUGAAUGAUUACAUACUAGUGUGCAUAGGAAAACAUUGUCUGCUGUCAUAACGCUACAAAUUAGUUAAGUUUUUACAAAUAUGUCUGAUUACCCUUCCUGUUAAUCAUCAUGACCAAUGCUUAAAUAUACAUGAUGUAAGGGGUCAAAUACCAGUGUUGUCUAUUUCAUUUGAAGUAAGGAGUGCUCCAUUAAUAUUUGUAGACCUGUUGAAGCCAAAAAAAGUUUUUAUUAUAGCGAUUUCCCCAGGCUGCAUGCCUGUCUGAAUUAUAUUAGUUAGCUCCUAGUCUUUUGUUUAAUAGAGUACCCCUAACUUCAAAUGUAUAAAUCCACACAUGAGGGCAGUUUUCUAUGGUUGAGGUCUUUGUGAUUUUGUCCUUCUGUCAUGUUUGUUAGACCUGAAAAUAGGAAGACCCAUUUGUGUAUCUGUUUAUUGAUAGCCACAGAAAUACUUAUCUGAAAGUGUAUGUGUUAUCACAACGGGGGAAACAAGUUAUAAAGUAAGAGGUUUACAUUAAGUACAGCAGGGUGUAACAGGACUUGUUAUGAUUAGCAACAGGGGAGGGGGGACAAGUUAUAAGUUAUAAAGUAAGAGGUUAACAUUUAGUAUAGUAGGGUGUAACAGGACUUGUUAUGAUUAGCAACAGGGGAGGGGGGACAAGUUAUAAGUUAUAAAGUAAGAGGUUAACAUUAAGUACAGUAGGGUGUAACAGGACUUGUUAUGAUUAGCAACAGGGGAGGGGGACAAGUUAUAAGUUAUAAAGUAAGAGGUUAACAUUAAGUACAGUAGGGUGUAACAGCACUUGUUAUGAUUAGCAACAGGGGAGGGGGGACAAGUUAUAAGUUAUAAAGUAAGAGGUUAACAUUAAGUACAGUAGGGUGUAACAGGACUUGUUAUGAUUAGCAACAGGGGAGGGGGGACAAGUUAUAAGUUAUAAAGUAAGAGGUUAACAUUUAGUACAGUAGGGUGUAACAGGACUUGUUAUGAUUAGCAACAGGGGAGGGGGGACAAGUUAUAAGUUAUAAAGUAAGAGGUUAACAUUAAGUACAGCAGGGUGUAACAGGACUUGUUAUGAUUAGCAACAGGGGAGGGGGGACAAGUUAUAAGUUAUAAAGUAAGAGGUUAACAUUAAGUACAGUAGGGUGUAACAGGACUUGUUAUGAUUAGCAACAGGGGAGGGGGGACAAGUUAUAAGUUAUAAAGUAAGAGGUUAACAUUAAGCACAGUAGGGUGUAACAGGACUUGUUAUGAUUAGCAACAGGGGAGGGGGGACAAGUUAUAAGUUAUAAAGUAAGAGGUUAACAUUAAGUACAGCAGGGUGUAACAGGACUUGUUAUGAUUAGCAACAGGGGAGGGGGGACAAGUUAUAAGUUAUAAAGUAAGAGGUUAACAUUAAGUACAGUAGGGUGUAACAGGACUUGUUAUGAUUAGCAACAGGGGAGGGGGGACAAGUUAUAAGUUAUAAAGUAAGAGGUUAACAUUAAGUACAGUAGGGUGUAACAGGACUUGUUAUGAUUAGCAACAGGGGAGGGGGGACAAGUUAUAAGUUAUAAAGUAAGAGGUUAACAUUAAGUACAGUAGGGUGUAACAGGACUUGUUAUGAUUAGCAACAGGGGAGAGGGGACAAGUUAUAAGUUAUAAAGUAAGAGGUUAACAUUAAGUACAGUAGGGUGUAACAGGACUUGUUAUGAUUAGCAACAGGGGAGGGGGGACAAGUUAUAAGUUAUAAAGUAAGAGGUUUACAUUAAGUACAGUAGGGUGUAACAGGACUUGUUAUGAUUAGCAACAGGGGAGAGGGGACAAGUUAUAAGUUAUAAAGUAAGAGGUUUACAUUAAGUACAGUAGGGUGUAACAGGACUUGUUAUGAUUAGCAACAGGGGAGGGGGGACAAGUUAUAAGUUAUAAAGUAAGAGGUUAACAUUAAGCACAGUAGGGUGUAACAGGACUUGUUAUGAUUAGCAUAAUAGGUAUGAUAGGGAAAGUGGAUGGUUUUUGUAAGCAAAUGAGAAAUUGUUCAGUAGAAAUAUUUCUGUAAUCUCAUAUUUAUUUAGUUUUAUGUGUUUAUGAUCUUUGUUAAAUUCAUAUACAUGUACACAUCUUUUUCAUGUAUGAUUUUUGUUAUUUUCAUAUACACAUCUUUUUUCAUUUAUCACUUUCAGCUUUUAAAUCUAUUUUGUGCCAAUAUUAUACAUUUUAUAGGUAUAUUAAAAUUCAAUCAUUUUUGAAAAAUAUAGUAGUGUAUUAAGAAAAUUGUAUAUUUAUUCAGUAUGGCAAUGUAUACCAGACCCAAUUUCCGUUCGAAUCAUCAAAUGAAACAUACAAUUUCUAACCCCCCAAUAAAGAUCUUUUAAAUCAUCGAAUAAAACUCUUCAGCUGGUAAAUAUCAAACAAAACUACUGUUUUACCUACAAAUCAAUGAUCAGUAUCAAGGUAAAUGCUAUUCAUAUAUAACACUUUGGUAAAAUAUGCUUAACUAUAAAUCCUCACUGUAUGCCAUAUGGCAUUGGAGUGAAAACAAUGAUAUAAAACUAUGAACAUCAUUUGACCUUUGCCAAAAUAUCUUCCGAUAACCAUUGCUUAAAAAAAAAAAAAAUUAUUAACAAAUCAUUAAAAAGUUUACAUUGUGGAUUUUCAAGUUAAGAUAGGCUUGGUCACAGCUCUGACAAUGCUUUGAUUUAAUUCAGGGCCUAAAUAAAUUAUUUCUUAUAUUUUACUAGUUAUAGUUAAGAUUUAGUUUUAGAUUUUGUAGUCAAAUGAAAGCAUUUUUGAUGAAAAACCCAGAAUUUCAAAUGAACUUUUACUUUAAGGUGUGUAAUAAAUUUACUUGUAGUGAAUAACAAAAGAGAAAGCGUGUAUAUGAUACACAGUUGAACACCAUGAUCAAUAUAUUACCAUUAUUUAUUAUUUUAUUAUUGCAUGGAUCUUUUACACCCUUGUAAUUUGUUAUACAGUGUAACCAUGGUAACUACAAUGGAUGAUACAGUAGUAAAACAGAGAGAUUUUUACUCUUAAUUAUAGUCAUGAUAGUAGGUCAUUUAAAUACAAAAAUAGGUCUGUUCACUUAUAGAUGUAAGAAAUGUAUGGCAUCUUAAAUGUAUGGCAGUUAGACCGCAAAAUUUUGUGUGAGAUUAUUUUAUCUAACACAUAUAAUUCCAGUUGUAAUUAUAUUGUAAAAAAUAUUUGUCAGUCAGGGUUUAAAUCAACAGGUUUUACCACUGUGUCUUCCAAAGUAUUUAGUAAUAAUGAAUUACUGUUAAAGUGGUGCUUUUAAAAUGUUAAAGAUGUAAAUAGAAUUUUGUAACCAAAGCAAAUAAAACUCAACCUUGAACUUUUAUAA